UUGGAGCGGGUACCUGUCAAAUCGGGUACCCACUGCCACAUCCGCCUAGGCGAAUGGAAGCAGACAUUGUCCUCCCCCUCCCUCCCCGUAAUCUUCUGGGACACGUGACAGGUCCCAGAAGACGACAGGACCAUUCACAACAUACAGCGCUGCUCGCGCAUGUAAAGUGUGAAGCCACAAGCUGUCACAGCCAGGUGCCCAUGCUGAAGAUGCCGGUGCCAGGGACACGGGAC